AUGAAGGAAGCAUCAGUAGAAGUCAGUGAUAUCCGUUUGCAAUUGGCAACUAUGUUGAAGCAAAAGUCCAGAAACAAUUGGCUUUUGGAGGGAGCCAGUAAUACUAGUUUCUUCCAUACAAGUAUUAAUAUUCAUAGGAGGAGCAAUAUUAUCUCGGAGUUGGUAAAUGACAAUGGGGUGACCAUUACGGAUUAUGAUCAAAUUAGAGAUCUUGCUGUGAACUAUUUUGAAAACAAAUUUAAUGGUGAUUCCUCUAUCCCGGUUGAUUCUCUUUUUGACGUUGAUCAUGCAAGUAUUUCGGUGGAGGAGAGUACUCGUAUGGAUCAAUUUCCUACUCAAGAGGAGAUUCAUGAGGCUGUUUUUAACUUGGGAGCGGAUAGUGCUCUAGGUCCGGAUGGAUUUGCUGGUUUUUUCUACAGACAUUGCUGGGAAAUCAUUCGAGAUGAUUUGGGUGUAAAUUUGAGCUUGUUGCUGCUUUUUCCAAAGGAAAGAGGUGCUAAUACUCUUAAAAACUUUAGACCAAUUGGCCUUAGUAAUUUCUUUUUUAAGAUUUUUACUAAGAUUCUGGCUACUCGGUUGGGGAGUGUUCUUGGAAAUCUAGUUUCGGAGGAGCAAGUUUCUUUUAUGAAGGGUAUAAAUAUCCACGAAAAUAUUAGCCUUGCCUCGGAGAUGGUGAAUGAACUUCAGAUUAAAAGGAAAGAAGGUAAUGUGGGUCUUAAGCUUGAUAUUACACAAGAUUUUGAUACGGGUGAUCCUUUGUCUCCUUUAAUUUUUGUGUUGAUUGAGGAUGUCUUGAGCAGAAAUAUCACGAAACUUUUUCCUGAAGGGAAACAUGAAAAGUUUGAGGAAUCUGGUAGCUCUUUGAACUCUUAUCAAAGAGCUUCAUGUCAGACUGUUAGUCGAGAGAAGAGCAAACUCUAUUAUGGAGGUGGUUCUUUAUGGAGGCGUGCUACUAUUUCUGGAUUUUUGGGUAUGAAUGUUGUAACUUUUCCUGAUAGAUAUGUGGGGGUCAAGGUAAUGUCGGGGGAUGUUAAAUAUCAUCAUGUGAGCAAUGUGGUGGAGAAGAUUAAGGAUCAGUUAUCGAGCUGGAAGGGAAGAAUGCUUUCUUUUCAAGUUAGGGUGGUGCUAGUCAAGUCAGUUAUUGUAAGUUACUCAAUUCAUAAUAUGGCGGUUUACAAGUGGCCUAGGAAGUUCAUUCACCAAUGUGAAGUUGCCAUUCGGAAUUUUGUGUGGUCCGGUGAUUCUCAAGUUAGUAUAUCCUUUAUGGUAGCUUAUAACAAGGUUUAUGCUCCUUAUAAUGAAGACGGUCUUGGAAUUACCCAAAUGAGGGUUAUGAACAAGGCGAUACUUAUGAAAUUGUGCUGGAAUAUUUGCUCCUCUAAAAAGGCUUGGGCAGGUUAUUUGAGAGCUAAGUUUUUCAAGAAAUCUGGUCAGUUGGUAGGUUACAGGAAGUCCUCUAUUUUCCCUGGUUUUAAAUGGGUUUAUAAUGAAGUUAAUGUUAAUACUAAGGUGCUGAGUGGAGAUGGUAGAGCAACGUCUCUUUAUUUUGACUCUUGGUGUGAGGAAACUUGUAUUGUGAACGCUAUUGGUCCUGAAAAUUUGGACCAUAACUUAUUAGUUGUUGAUUGCAUUCAAAAUGGGGAGUGGAUACUCACGGAAUUAGUGACGCAAAAAUGCUUGCAGAUGGUGUAG